AUGGCUUUGGUGGCUCAUUUCGAUUUGGAGUUACACCAAAUGGAUGUAAAAACUGCUUUUCUAAAUGAGAAUUUAGAUGAAGAGGUUUAUAUGGAUCAACCUGAAGGUUUCUUGAUUAAAGGAAAGGAGCAUAUGAUCGUUCCUGAUGCAAUUCAUCAUCGGAAAGAAGAGUCGGAAACUAUCACCCUCAAGCAAAAGAGCGAAGAGUCGUUAAAAGACUAUAUCUCUCGCUUCAACAAGGAGGCUUUGCAGGUGGAUGACUACUCCGACAAGAUGAUACUAUCUGCAAUGAUCAGUGGACUCAAGGAAGGGAGAUUCCUCUUCUCGAUAGGGAAGAACCCACCGACUACUCUUGGCGAGCUCAUUAACCAUGCCCAGAAGUAUAUAAAUGCUGAGGAGUUCUUCAGCUCGCGCAACAGCAACCAAAUCUCAGAGCAUUCGUCUAAAGAGAAACGACGAAAGGAUAAAAUGCCACAACAAACAAACAAAAGGAGGUCGGACAACAAUGCCUCUCGAGACCGAAGGCCGAGCAGGAGGCCCGAGAGUAAGUUCAGCUCAUACACUUCCCUCAACACUUCUCUGGAGCAAAUCUUUCUGGAUAUCCGAGACCAGAGGCUACUGCAUUGGCUGAGUUGCAUGAAGAUGGAGGCUGGACAGCAGGAUAAACACAAGUAUUGUCGCUUUCAUCAUGAUCAUGGGCACAACAUCAGUGAUUGUGUUGACUUAAAGGAAGAAAUUGAGAUCGUCAUUCGAAAGGGUCACUUGCAUCAAUAUGUGAAGGAAGAGAAACAAGCUGGGAAGGAUGACCAACCGGGCAGAGCUGCAAACAAAGCUAUGGAGAUCCAAACAAUCUAUGGUGGUCCGUCCAGAGGCGGUGACUCGAAUCGAGCUAGUAAAGCCUAUUCCCGGAGCAUUGACCUUGAGCACGACGUCUACUCGGCCGACAGGCUAAGGAAAGAACUCUAA